AUGGACGAGGCCUUUUUGCUGCAGCUGGGAAACCAGCUAACGCAAAUUGUCCAACAGCAGGUUGCAAAGUCGGGCUUCCAGCUAGAACUGUCGACUGCCGAGCUUCCUGCUCUGUCCAUCUCCAAUCCGUCACCGUGCAUAUUGCCAGGGCCACAGUUGCUUCACAAGCUAGCUCUCAGCGGUGCUAACGACUCCGCCCCUGCCAUUGAAUUCUUGGCGGCGGAUGGAAGCAUUCGUUGUCUAACGUAUAGUUCUUUGGAUCGACUGUCUUCGAAGCUUGCGGCAAAGAUCCUCUCGGCUUCUGCAGCUCAGGUUAAUCAUGCACAGAGGUUUGUGGUGCCCGUGCUCCUGCCUCAGUCUGUGGAGUUGUACAUCUCGCAGUUGGCAAUUUUGAAGGCCGGUGGAGCAUUCUGUCCAUUGAACACCGACGCACCUCCGGACAGGAUAGAAUUUAUCAUCCAGGAUGUAGCAGCAUCCGUUGUAAUUACUCGGGAUGCCCUGGCCACAAGGAUGCCCCAGGACGAGCAUCUGGCUGUGAUCAAGGUGGAUGGAAUUGAAACGAACGAGACGAACGACCCGAACUUUAUAGAACCGGUGGUGCAUAGCUCCCCUACCGAUCUGGCCUAUGUCAUGUACACCUCCGGAUCUACAGGCCGCCCCAAAGGCGUUGGGGUCUCUCAUUUGGCUGCUACCCAAUCGUUACUUGCGCAUAAUGACUUGAUACCCCAUUUCAAUCGGUUUUUGCAAUUUGCAUCGCCCACGUUUGAUGUUUCCGUUUUUGAAAUUUUCUUCCCUUUUAUGCGAGGAGCAACCCUCAUCGGCUCCGAGAGAGAGCAGAUGCUGCUGGACAUUUCACACGUUAUGACCGAAAUGAAAGUUGACGGUGCGGAGUUGACACCCACCGUGGCAGGAGAACUGCUACGCACACGAGCAGCCGCGCCGUUUUUGCGGGUUCUGCUGACCAUUGGAGAAAUGCUCACCAAACAUGUUGUGGAGGAGUUUGGUCAGUCGGAGGACUCGGUGGGUAUUCUUCAUGGAAUGUAUGGACCAACCGAAGCUGCGAUUCACUGUACCGCGGCCACACACUUCUCGGCCAGUUCCCGAGUAAACUUGAUUGGCGAGCCUUUCAAAACAGUCUCUGCUUUUAUCAUGUCUAUGGACUUUGACGACAAAUCUUCCUUGGGUCUUCAACCCCUUCCGCUGGGUGAGAUUGGUGAGCUUGUCGUGGGCGGUCCCCAGCUUGCUGAUGGUUAUAUCAAUCGGCCUGAAGAGAACGCCAAGGCAUUCAUCGAGAGUCCCCAAUAUGGUCGACUUUACCGGACUGGUGACAAAGCUCGUAUGUUGCCUUCUGGAGAGAUCGAAUGCCUUGGCCGUCUUUCCAGCGGUCAGGUCAAGCUCCGAGGCCAGCGGAUUGAGCUCGGUGAAAUUGAACAUGUAAUUUGCCGAGCCCAGGACAUUCGAAGUGCUGUUGCCAUUGUCAGUGGCGGAAGCUUGGUUUCAUUUGUUCUUGUCAGCGAUAAAGGUACCACUGAUCGUGCCCUACGAGAUAUCUGUCGUCAAUGGUUACCUCGAUAUAUGGUCCCCAGUGAAUUCAUCCUGGUCAAUCAGUUUCCUCAGCUACCAUCAGGCAAAAUUGAUCGCAAGGCCCUGGAAGCUGAUUUUAUCCGCCUCCGCAGUACUUCACAAUCUGUGGAUCAACAGCAGUUCCGGGACGAGAUCGAAGAGACCAUCGUCUCGUGUGUGGUCGACGUGCUUGGUAGGAAACUUUCUCCAGAGGAGUCUCUGACAGCCGCUGGUCUCGAUUCUCUUGCCGCGAUUCGGCUUGCCUCUCAUCUUUUGGGUGCUGGUAUUCCUUCGGACGUGGCUCGUCUGUUGGAAGCUGAUUGUGUGGAGGGGAUAUGGCAGCUCGCGAGAGAUACGGAGAAGACGCAGACAACCGAGGCUUCCCAAGCAGGCCUUGUGAAAAUCCGCCAAUUAGUUGCAGAUGCCGGUGCUUCAAGGAUAGAGUCACUCGGAUUGAGUGCACAAGUGUCUGAGAUCGAACCAUGUAGCCAUAUUCAACAGGCGAUGAUACUGGAAACCGCCCGAGACGCCAAAGCAUACUGUAACUGGAUCGAAUUGGAAUUUCAACGUUCGAAAUCAAUUGAUUACACCGCUGUCCAGAACGCAUUUGUCCAGCUCUUCCUACGAAAUGAUCUGCUGCGAUCAGGGUUCGUGGAGAUCGGUCUCAAGGAUCAUUCAUAUGCUCGCUUCACAAGAAAAAUUCUCAAUGAGCAGCUGUUUCUAAAGCGCGACACGUUUGACUAUGAUCUCCCUUUGGUUGCAGAGCUAGAUCUCCUCCAGCCUAUUCGGAUUCAGCUGAGGGAAUCACAGAAGCACAUCCGAGUACUGGUGCACAUUCACCAUGCUUUGUACGAUGGAUGGUCCUGGCAGUUAAUAUUACAAGAUCUUCAUCGCCUUUUGCUUGGGGAAGAUCUGCCACCAAAAUCUGCAUACAACAUCGUAACUGAUUUCUUCAUCGAGCAUAAACUGAGCGGAUCCACCAACGAGUCUUCUAUAUUUUGGCGUGAUCAACUGCAAGGUGCCUCUGGCGCGAACUUUCCUAAGUUUCAUGGAAAAACUGACGUCUCUGCAAGUACCCACGUGGCCACCCGGGUGCUCGAGGUCUCUGUAUCAAAACUCAACGAUGUAUCACAGCAUCUAAGAGUGAGCCGACAGACAAUUUUUCAGGCCGCAUACUGCUACAUUCUCUCUUCCUAUCUUGGCUUUGAUGAUGUCGUCUUCGGUACGGUCUUCUCUGGUCGUACCUUGCCGGUCAAAGGAAUUGAAACGGUCCUGGGACCGUGUAUUCGAACGCUUCCUACGCGCAUGGAUCUCGGCAAGAUGCAAAAUGUGACGGAUCUCUUACUGGCAAUCCAAAACAUGAACCUCAAGUCUCUGGAGCAUGGAAACCUUCCUUUGCAAGACAUCAAGAAGGCUUCUGGUAUUGAAAUGCACUUGAGCCUGUUCGACACGGCGCUCGUGUGGCAAGAAAGCAUUUGGUCCAACGACGAACACCGCGACUUGUUCUGGGAAGUUGGGGCUGCGGAAUUCUUAGAGUUCGCCCUUUUGCUCGAGUUUGAGCCCAGACAAGACAAAAUUUUUGCGAAGGCCACUUGCCAGGGCUCUAUUCUGCCCUUCAAACAAGCACAGAUUCUCUUGGAACAGAUCGACCAUGUGGCAUCCAUCUUUAUCGACCUUCCUGCCCUUCUCAUCGACCAAAUCGGCGGCUAUCUUCCUCAGGCAACCCUUUCAAUUUCCACCUCUGAGUUCGAACGCCAGCAGGAACUUCCAUGUUUCAUUUCAGGGGUUGAAAUUGCGUCCAUCAAUCCUGCUACAGGUAUUUGCACUAUCUACCCGAAUUUCCCAUCAUCUACAUCCCCAGGAAACACGGAAAUGCCGAUCAAAAAGACGUUUGCCAUGGUUGUGACAGAUCAGACUGCCACCGGCCUUCUUCCCCGCGGCGCAUAUGGAGAAAUAUGCUUUGGUGGCGAUCAAAUGGCAAAUGUUCUUCCUGAUACGAAAAUCCCAGAUGCGGGAAGGUUCAUUGAGAACCGUGAGCAUGGCCGACUGUUCAUGACUGGAGAAUAUGGAAGGCUACUUGCAGACGGCUCGAUCAUGCUCCUUCCAAGCCGUGACCAGCUCAAACUGCAUGGCCAGUGUAUCGAUCUGGUUGAGAUAGAUCGAGCCAUUAUCUCGUCAGAGUUGGUUGAGAAUGCUUGCAGUGUUGUCUGGAACGAGCCUUCUACGAACCAGCAGCAAUUGGCAGCCUUUUGGGUCUCUAAAGAGAAGAUUUUGGACAGCGUGCAGCUCGAAUCAUUGACAGAGCGCCUCUUCUCUGAGAUUUCCAUGAGGCUUCCAUUUUCCGAAAUCCCGUCCCUUCUUGUCUCUGUCAAUGAGAUACCCAUGACCGAAGCCCACCGGAGAGAUUAUGCCAAAAUUUUUAACAAGCUCGAACGGUCGACCUCGGAAGAUCUCAAAAUAUUCUCGCGCAAGCUUGGUGUAGCUGAGGUUGAUGAUCCUCUCACCGAUAUCGAGAGCACUAUUGCGAGGGCCCUAUCAGCUGUCACUGCAGUCGGCCUUCAGCAUAUCCGCAAACACACAUCCUUUUACAAGCUUGGUUUGGAUUCCCUGAGUGCCAUUUCCUUGUCGCGGAGAUUACAAAAUGAUGGCUGUGGAAGACUCCCUAUUUCGACGAUUCUAAGAUACAGCUCUGUCACUCAGCUGGCUGCAGUCGUUCCCAGCUUGACAAAUGGACAUAAAGCCGAGCAGCCUCCGGCGGAGAAUUCCAUGCCGACGCUGGAUGAGACCUUUGUACUUGCAGUCAAGGAUGAAUUUGAUACCACAGAUAUACCUGUCGAUCGCAUCUAUCCAUGUACGCCAUUGCAGGAAGCGAUGCUGGCCUCCGAUUCCGAUGUUGACUCAGCCUACUUCAAUCAUCUGCUACUUCGUGUGACCACGGAUGUUGAGACAUUGAGAGCCGCAUGGUCCCAGAUGCUGCAAAGACAUGACAUCCUCCGAACUUGUUUCCGGUCAACCAACGAUAAGCGAUUUGCCUUUGCCCAAGUGGUGUUAAGCCAAGCGGUCUUGCCUUGGACUGAAGUCGAGAUAUCCGACGAAGUUGACCAGCACGUUGAGGAGAGAAAAGCGGAGUUUGAGUGCCAAUCUCCCGUCGGCGGCAACCCUCCCUACUGCUUAACUGUAUUUUUGAGUCCCGCUGAGCAGAGCGCACACCUUCUGUUGUCUAUUCACCAUGCACUGUACGAUGGAGAAGGUAUUGCACAGUUGCUAAAUGAGCUCCAACUCUCUCUCGCAGGCCAAAAGCUGCCAGAACCCACCCAGUUUCAUCGAUUUAUUGAUUACAUGGUUUCUGCUAGCUCAGAUACUUCCGAUCAAUAUUGGGACCGAUACCUGUCAGGGGUGACUCCGAGUCUUAUUCCUACCCCCGAACAGGCCGAGAGCUCUAUAAACCAAUCUACCUCGCAGCAGACCAAUACAGACCUCAAAGUUCCUCUCGGCUCCUUCAAACAGCGAUGCAAAGAGCUAUCUGUGACACCCUUGAAUAUCUUCCACGCUGCAUGGGCAAGGUUGCUGUCACUGCAUACCGAUUCAUCUGAUGUCUGCUUCGGUAACGUUUUCAGUUGUCGAACUGUUCCUGUUGAGGGCGCGGACCAAAUUGUUGGACCUUGUUUCAACACACUACCAGUGCGACUCAAGUUUUCAUCCCAUUCAACAAAUGCAGAUGUCCUGAAGCUAUCGCAGAAGCAUAACAGUGAUAUCUUACCUCAUCAACUUAGCCCUCUACGUCGCAUCCAGAGACGUGUACUUCAAGGAGGCUCUCGUCUCUUUGAUACGCUGGUCAUUCUUCAGACUAGAAACAAUGAGCUUGAUCCGCAAUACUGGGAGCUUGUUCGCGAUGAAGGAAACAUGGGUUUCCCUCUUAUCUGCGAGGUCGUCCCUGACGAACCAAACAACAGCAUUCGCAUCUGUCUCCAUUACCAAGUCUCACACUUGACUCGUGAGGCUACUGAGAAACUUGCCCAGGACUUCGUUGCUCUUGUUGAGCAUACCACUCAAUAUCCUUCAGCCCAGGCUUCUGACAGACAUGCAAUUGGCAUGGAUAAACUGCAGAUCUUUGAAACGAAAAGUUCUUCUCAAGUCAAUUCAAUCCAAAUGUCUUCCACACAGUCUGAACCCAUUCGUGCCUGGUCGUACCAAGAAGAGGCACUGAGGGAUAUCCUCUGCCAAUUCUCUGGGAUUGAUACAGAGGCUGUGUCCCUCAAUACGACUAUCUUCCAAUUGGGCCUGGAUAGUAUCAACGCUGUUCAAAUCUCGGGUACCUUUCGCAGACUGGGCUACAAAAUAUCUGCUGGUGAUAUUCUUGAGGCUGCUUCGAUUGAAAAAAUUGCCUCGCUUCUUGAGAUCAGCGAGAAGGGCAACAAGCAAGAUGAAUUUGACUUUUCAUCAUUCGAGGACAACCAUCUGCAAACUGUCUGUAACCAGCUUGGCCUCUCUGUGCAGGCUGUGCAAUCUUUGCGACCCUGCACACCCGUUCAGAACGGCAUGUUGGCACUGUUCACCCAUUCUCACGGCGAUUUGUACUUCAAUAAAAUGGUCUUGAAGUCAAAAGUACCUCUGGACAAAGUGCUACUCAAGGAGGCUUGGUCAAAGGUUGCAGCUGAACAUGAAAUGCUACGAACUGGUUUCGUUCAACUGCUCGAUCAACAGUACCCAUUUGCCAUGAUCACAUACCACGAUGGCUUUGAAAUUCCUUGGCAUGAAACUUCAAAGGCCACCUCCAAUGGCUCUGUCCAAGAGCAGCGAGUCCUGGAAAAUCUCCACCAGCCACCAUGGGAAGUUACCGUCGACUCAGGUGAGCAGAUCGACGUGGUCCAUUUUGCUGCACUUCAUGCGAUCUAUGACGCACAAAGUUUGGAAAUGAUCUUCUCCGAUGUCAUGGCAGCAUAUGAAGGAAAGGCCAUUAAGAAGCCUGCUGCCAUUUCCGCGACACUUGGACCCAUCCUCAUCGAAAGUCAAAAGCAAAUCGAAAGCGGCCAAGAAUUCUGGCAGGGGCUAGCAUCAGAAGUCCGUUCAUCUAAAUUUCCAGACUUGCACCCUAUUCGGACUGAAAAAAAAGAUUUGCUUGAGACUUCCAUUCGCUGCUCGCAUCCUCUCAAGACGCUUGAGGGCCGCUGUCGUGAGCUCGGUGUCACCUUGCAGGCAGCUGCGCAAGCAUCAUGGGCUCGAUUGCUUGCUGCAUACACAGGAGAGCGAAAUGUAGUUUUCGGAACUGUUCUUUCUGGUCGCAGUCUAUCUGCGGCUGCUCAGGAAGCUGUUUUCCCAUGCUUGGUGACUGUUCCAUCGCCUUCGCGUAUUGAAGGAACUAACCGUGAGCUUCUGGGCCGAACCUUGAUGAGUAACUCAUCUUUGGUCAAGAACCAGUUUGCUCCUCUGGCGCAGAUUCAAAGAUGGCUUGGUAGUGAUGAACCACUCUUUGAUACUCUGUUUGUUUACCAGAAGUUCUCAUCUAUGUCAAAGAGACCUGCAGCCUGGAUUGUCGCUGAUGAAGCGACAAAAAUCGAUUACCCUGUGUCCAUCGAGUUGCUCCCGCAGUCUACCGAUCUUGAGAUUCGAAUCAGCUAUAGGAGCGACCUUGUCCCUGAAGAGCAAGCCAUGACUCUUCUGAGCCAAUAUGAUAAACUGCUUGAACAAACUAUCUUUGCACCCGAGUCUGAUUCCAACGACUAUAUGUGUCUUGGAAAUGAUCUGCUCUCUAUCACCCCAGCCAAGGAGCAAAAAAUCCCAACUUCAUUGUCUUUGCUGCACCAAUUUGUUGAAGAGAACGCCCAAAGGAUUCCGGACAAAGCGGCUUUCGAAUUCGCGACUGGUGCCACUGCAGACAGCUUACAGAAAAAGACAUGGUCAUAUUGUGAACUCGACGGGGACGGUAACAGAGUUGCUCACUUCUUGCAAGACAAGGGUGUCGUCCCUGGUGGGAUGAUAGCCAUCUGCUUUGAUAAGUGUCCUGAAGCCUCCAUCGCAAUCCUUGGGAUCUUGAAAGCAGGCUGCGCAUAUUUGGCCAUUGAUCCCGGCGCUCCUAUCUCUCGCAAGCAGUUCAUCUUAGAAGAUUCCGAAACCAAGAUUCUACUUUGCAAUCAGGCAAGAAAGACGGAGCUAGAGGGUCUUGCCGGCAUUGAUGUCCAAGUGCUUGACGAACCCGGUCUAUUUGAAGGCCUUUCAUCUGCUCCACCAGUGCUUUCACGCGAAAUCCAACCUUCUGACACAUGCUACUGCCUGUACACUUCCGGCACUACGGGUACACCAAAGGGCUGUGAGAUCACCCAUGACAAUGCCGUCCAAGCAAUGUUGGCAUUCCAGAGGCUGUUUUCUCUACACUGGGACGAAGACUCCCGAUGGCUACAAUUUGCCUCGUUCCACUUCGACGUCAGUGUUCUUGAACAAUACUGGAGCUGGAGUGUUGGAAUCUGUGUGACUUCAUGUCCUCGAGAUCUUCUCUUUGAGGAUUUGCCGGGCACGAUUCAAAAGCUCCAAAUUACACAUAUCGAUCUGACACCCAGCUUGGCACGAUUGGUUCACCCUGAUGAAGUUCCCUCUCUGUGCCGAGGAGUAUUCAUCACUGGCGGUGAGGCCCUCAAGCAAGAGAUCCUCGAUGCUUGGGGCAAGCAUGGAGUCAUUUACAAUGGCUAUGGACCAACAGAAGUCACCAUCGGUUGUACCAUGCUUCCACGAAUGCGCGCUAAUGACAAGCCUUCCAACAUUGGGCCACAGUUCGAUAACGUGGGAUCAUAUGUUUUCCGCCCUGGAACUUCCACACCAGUUGUGCGCGGUGGGCUCGGUGAGCUAUGCGUGUCUGGACCUUUGGUCGGAAAGGGGUACUUGAAUCGUGCGGAGCUCACCCAAGAACGUUUUCAAGAGCUGCCUGAAUACGGAGAUCGCUUUUACCGAACAGGCGAUUUGGUUCGGAUCUUAUAUGAUGGCAGUUUCCAAUUCCUCGGCCGGAUCGACGACCAGGUCAAGCUCCGUGGUCAGCGGCUUGAGAUUGGGGAGAUCAACGAAGUCAUCAAGCAAGCUACUCCUGAGUUGAAUGAAGUGGCUACACUGGUCAUCAAGCAUCCAAAGCAGACCAAAGAUCAGCUGGUCUCCUUUAUCACGAGGGUUGAUGCUGACAAGUCUCGAAAUGUUGGAGUUUGCGCCGACGAAAAUCACCGGGCUCUUCUGUCCACGAUCAAGGCAGCUUGCCACACUCAUCUGCCAGGCUACAUGGUGCCUACACAUAUCAUCCCGAUGACACGUUUCGCUCUAUCAGCAAACAACAAGGCAGAGAUAAACGUCCUGAAGAGCAUUUAUCAAGAGCUUUCUCCUGAAGAUCUUCAGAAAUUGACGUCUAUGACUGUCGAUGGGUCAAAGAGGACUGAGCAGGAAGGAAGAAUCAUCUCCAUCUUGGCCAAGUUCAUUGGGUCAACUGAUGGAGCUAUCUCUUCGUGGUCGAGCAUCUACGAGCUUGGCCUUGACUCUAUUUCGGUGAUAUCAUUUUCCAGAAGUCUCAGAGAAGCUGGCUUUUCUCAAGCUCAACCAUCCCUGAUCAUGAAGCACCCUACUGUUGCAGGCAUGGCAUUGGCCCUAAAAAUCUCCACGGCUCCAUCUGUCUCUCUAGAAAAUCUCCACAGAAACGCCAGACAGCAUAUAGAAGCCUUUGCACACAAGCACUCGCACUCUGUCAUAGAGAGUAUCGGGGUGGUCGACAGCGAUGUUGAGCAAAUUGCACCUUGCACACCACUCCAGGAGGGUAUUAUCUACCAUUUCCUGUCGAGCACGACACCCUUGUAUUGCUCAUCCUUUACCUUUGAACUCGACUCCCAAAUUGUCCUUGAGAAAUUGCAAAAUGCUUGGAGCCAGGCUCAGGACCAAGUCCAAAUGCUGCGAGCUCGCUUUUCGCCAUCAUCGGAUGGUUAUGCUCAAGCUGUCUUGAAGAAGGAUGUUCUUCCUUGGUUCCAGACAAAGGUUGACUCCGAGGAAGAAAUCGAAAUCUCACACAAAAGGCACCUUGAGAAAUGGAUUUCUUCUCUUGGAAAUCUCUCUGCACAGCUCUGGGAGGUCGGAGUGGUCAGUUCUCCAGAGAAGUCGGUGAUGAACCUCAACAUAUUUCACGCCCUUUACGAUGGCAACAGCUUAGCUCUUCUACUUGAACUGGUUGCGCACAUCUACCUUGACAGCCAAAUGGCUUUGGAGCAUCCUCCUGGGUUCUUGGAUGUCCUGCAUUUAGGCCCCCUUUGCAAAGACCCCUCAGAGCAGGCAUUUUGGAAAGAACAUCUCGUCAAUCGUCAAAGUCGGGCUUUGCCAAAGUCGGAAGAUAAAUCCAACAGCCCCAUCCUGGAGAACAUUCGAAUUGAUAGUACGGAACAUUUGAAUCGCCUAAGGAAUUCUCUCAAUGUUACCGAGCAAGCUGUGCUUCACGCCUGUUGGCUAUUGACUCUUUACCGACACUAUUCAUUUGUACCAUCCCUUGGUAUCAUUGCUUCUGGUCGAAUGAUCGAUGUCAUUGGAAUUGCAAAUGUCGUUGGCCCUUUGUUCAACACCAUUCCCAGCAACUUCCAGCUUCAUGGUCUCAAGUCGUGGUCCGACGUUGCUCAGUGGUGCCAUGAAUACCACGUGGCAACAAUCCCAUUCCAAUACACCGCUCUCCGUGAUAUUUCCAAAUGGCUCGGAAAAAAUCCCGAUGAGCGACUUUUCGAGUCUCUCUUUGUCUUUCAAAGAGAAAACUCCAAAAGUGACUCGUCAACAGAUGGCCUUUGGAGUCCCUUGGCCUCGGAAGCACAGCACGAGUAUCCCUUGGCCUUUGAGAUUGUGCGCAAUGGAGACGAAUACCUCACUGCUACGCUUGCUGCUAAGGGCCAUGUCUUGUCUCUUAAGGCGGCUCAGCAGAUCCUCGCCACAUUCAAGGAAAUUUUGUCAGAGUUUGCAGAUAAUCCGGAACAACAAUUACCGUAUAUGAAUGGAUUUAUGGACGAGCAUGAGGCCCGACCAAACGGAGAAGAAAUUGAGAAGCCAAAAGAGUGUCUUAACUCUUCUGGAAAUGGUGAUGAAUCUCUAUUCCAAUGGACUCCUCGGGCUUGCACAAUCCGGAAUGUGAUUGCAACUCUUGCCGGAGUAGACGCGCAGUCAAUUGGAGAAGAUACAUCUAUUUUCGAGGUUGGACUCGACAGUAUUGACGCAAUCAAAUUGUCCACACGGUUGAGUAAGCUGAGCAUCAAGCUCCCAGUUAGCGCUAUCAUGCGCCACCGCAGUGUCAAGGGCAUGGUGGGUCAAUUAACGGAGACAGUCUACGAGGAACAAAAUGGUACAUAUCCGUUGCUGGGUCAGAUGGAGAGAGCCCUUAAAGAGUUCCUCGAUCGUGAGGAACUUGUUCCCCAGGGUGCCUCUCGAAUCCUUCCAGCCACACCGAUCCAGGAGGCGAUGAUGGCCGAAAUGUCUGCCUCCGAGUACCAGCAUUACUACAACCAUGACAUUUUGAAGAUUGAGCCUCAUGUUGAUGUCACAAAGCUUCAAGAAGCAUGGAGAGCGGUCGUGAGGGCCCAUCCCAUUCUUCGCACAUCCUUUGUUGAAGUCUGGGAUCCGGAAAUUUCCGCCUCCUACGCCCAGGUCGUCCACACCGAAGACACCUUCGAUUUCCAGGCAGUGCAGCUGGAUGGAGAAAACGUGGACUCGGUCAUCAAAGCUCAACGUGCCAGGGCAUCUACUGAACUUGCCGGAAAGCCGCUCCUUACUAUAACGUCCGCGGUGGAUGGUGAGGACCGUUACCUUGUUCUGUCAAUUGCUCAUGCUCUUUACGAUGGCUGGUCAAUCAAUCUGCUUCAUGAAGACGUUGCCAGAUCCUACGCUGGAGAAGACUACGCCCGCUCACCACCUGACGCCAUUCUGGAGCAAAUUCUCGCGUCCUCUGGUGAUCGUGCUCUCAAGUUCUGGAGAGCAACACUAUCCAAUUGCACGCCAGUGACCUUCCCGUCAGGACAAGACUCCACGGAAGAUUCUCGGGUCGUUUAUCGUGCAGAAAAAUCGCUCUCAAUCUCCUUUGAAAAGGCCGAGUCAUUUUGCAAGCGCAAUGGCAUUACAAUGCAAGCACUUCUGGUCAGCUGCUGGUCCCUCGUGCUAGCUACCUAUGUCAAGAAACUAGACGUGGUCUUUGGUCUUGUUCUCUCUGGCCGUAAUGUGACUGGCUCUGAAAAUGUGAUGUUCCCAACAAUGAACACGGCGGCUAUGCGAGUCAUCCUUCACGGUGCUCGUCUGGAACUGCUGAAGUAUGUGCAAGAGACCCUGUUGGAAAUGUCUGAGCAUCAGCAUUUCCCAUUGCGGCGCGCAAGACCCGAUACGAGAUCUCAACAAUUGUUUGACACUCUCUUCAUCUACCAGAAGAAGCCAUCGGAGACCAGCACCCCGGAGUUGGCUCUAUACAAGUCCACUGGCGGUGCAUCAGACGUCGAGUAUCCAGUCUGCGUCGAGGUUGAAGGUGUCGGAGCAAACCUCGUGGCUCGGGUUGCUUGCAGUGGGCAUGUUCUUGGAGAAAAGGGUACGCUUGAUCUCUUGGAACGGAUGGGCAAAGUCCUGACAUCCAUUAUCGAUGAGCCCGCCCAGCAGACUGUCGGCUUUGAAGGAGACAGGAUGGAAAUUUGCAGCAUGUUCUUCACUGUAGACGCCUCUUCACAGGUUGUCCAAAACAGCACAAUCCGCAAGACCGUAAGUCAACAACCAUGGACUUCGCUCGAGUCGAAGAUCCGCAAUGUCCUCGCCGUUGUGUCGGGAGUGCCCAGAGAUUCGAUUGAGAGGGAAGCGAACAUUUUCCAGCUCGGGUUGGACAGUAUCAGUGCUAUCAAGGUUGCUGCACUCCUCAAAAAACAAUCGAUCAAAUUGGCCGUGAGUGACAUGCUCAGAGCCGGCACCGUCGAGAAGAUGGCCAUUGCGGUGAACAAUCACCAUACAGAGCUCACUUCGACAGAAGUUGCCAGCUUCCUCGAAAGAUCGCUUGAAGGGAUUGAAGCAGAUUCACUCCUACAAUCCUAUGGCAUUGAUCUUGAUCAAGUUGAGAUUGUUUUGCCCGCAACUGCUGGACAGACAUACUUCCUUGCUAUGCAUACCUUGAACCCAAGCAUCUUCUAUCCCGAAUUCCACUACUUGGCAUCACAACUGCACCAGGAUGUUCUCGACGGUGCAUGGGCACGUCUCGCCGAGUUAACACCCAUGCUUCGGACGGUGUUUAUGCCAGCAGACAAAGAACCGCAUCUACCCUAUGUCCAGGCUGUGCUGAAGCACGUACACAACCCGACUGUCUGGCAUCAGAAUGUCGACGAGCUUGUCACGCCCAAUACCAAGCAGCCCUUUGGCGCGCUGCCAGCUACAUUACAUGCUUGCCAGACUUCGGAAGGGACGGCGCUUGCGUUGCAGAUCCAUCAUGCACUAUAUGACGCCAUAAGCCUUCCAUCCAUGAUGGACAGAUUUGCCUAUCUUUGCCGCUCUAUCUCGUCCGAAUCAAGAUCGGAACCCCAUGAUCUGUCGCGAUUCGUGGCGUUCCAACAGAUUCAUUCGCCGGUGGAUUUCCGGCGGCAGUUCUGGCAAAAAUACCUGGGCCAGAUCUCAAUCGAUAGUGCAAAUGGCAAAUGCCGGGGUGACUUUGGCGCUAUUCAGCAACACUACCGACCGGGUCUAGUCUCGAACAUGUCUCGUGUCGAAAUAGCCGCCCAGAAACAGGGCCUCGGUGUCCAAUCGAUCUUCCUGGCUGUUUAUGCUCGAGUGCAUGCUCAGAUCCUCGCUGCGGCGGGUGUAGACAGUAAGGAGAUCCCGAGACAGCUCGUGGUCGGGCUGUAUCUCGCCAAUCGGUCGCAUGAUUUGGAGGGGCUGUCAGAACUCAUGGCUCCCACUGUCAACAUCGUGCCGCUUCGUCUGGACGACAAGCUUAGCCACGAUCAGGAGUCACUCUUUGUUGCCGCUCGGAAGAUCCAAGACGACAUCAAUGAGAUCAGCAUGAUCCAGCAUUCGGGCGUCUCUCUCGUAGAAAUUGCCAGAUGGACCGGGGUGCGAAUCAGCACAUGUGUCAACUUCCUGCGACUGCCCGAAAAAGAGUCUACCGAUGCCGCGGACGCCACCGAUCGUGUGGAAUUCAAGCCUCUUGGACGCGACAAGCUGUCCAGCCUCCGGUUAUCUAUUCUGAGCCGGCCUGACCAGUCGCGCACCAACGGUGACACUGCAGCCUCGUUGAGCCCAGCCCCGCCCGUACAUGUUGGAUCCACGGCAGCGAUGCAAGAUGUCUUCAUGCCUACAAUCGAUGUGGAGGCAGCCAUCCGAGACGCCCGAUUGGACUUUGGAAUUUUUGCUCCCGAAGCUCGACUCGAUCACUCCACUGCAGAGCAGAUGAUCGAGAAAGUUCGACAGGAGAUGGGCGCCUUGGUGGAAACCUUGGAGAUUGUAUAG